AUGGCGACACCACAAGAAAGACACCCCGAACUCUUCAAACCCGUGAGUAGUGAGUCGCCUCGGGGCAAAAAGCGAUCUGUCCCAAUGGAAUGUUUAUGUCUGGGGUUCAACCGGACUGGUACGGCAACAAUGUGCAACGCAAUGGAGAUUCUCGGGCUACCCUGCUGGCACUCCAUACAAUUCAUGUCAACCAGGUUUCCCGACGUGGAAAUGUGGCAAGAAGCCGUCGAUAGGAAAUUCUUCGGGGCAGGACCCAAGUUCGGGCGACGCGAAUUUGACCAGCUCCUUCAUGAUUUCGGGGCAGUAUCCUCCGACACGCCAGCAAUUGCCUUUGCAGAUGACCUAUUAGAAGCGUACCCAGAGGCAAAAGUCGUUCUUGUGGAGAGAGAUAUCGACUCCUGGUAUAACAGCUGGAUGAACAGCGUGAUCAAAAACACAUAUGAUCCCUUCGUGACUGUUAUUUACCACGUGGAUCGCUUCUUCACCCACCCCAUAGGAAAGAUCCACAAGUCCACUUUUGACGGGUGGAUGGGUAUUAAAAACCCGGAAGAUGCGCGGCUCAAGAGCAAGGCAAAGUAUCGUGAGCAUUACGAGCUGGUGCGAAGACUUACACCGAGAGACCGAUUGCUGGAAUUCAAACUCGCCGAGGGCUGGGGGCCCCUCUGUGAGUUUCUUGGGAAACCAGUGCCGGAUGUUCCCUUUCCCCACGUCAAUGAGAAGGCAUGGCUUGACGAGAAAGUGCAGCUGUCGCUCAGACGUGGAAUGCGACGUCUUGCUUGGAGGAUCUCGAAAUUCCUAGCUCCGUUGGUUGUGGCUGGAGUCAGUUACUAUGUGUACUCAAAGACUUGA